AUGUACCGACUCUCCUUUGGUCGGUACUUCUAUAACACCAAUAACUAUGUUUUCACGAACCGCAGUUCAAUCUGCAGUUACGACCUCUCGAAGCGAUGCGAUCUUCUCUCUGAAAUCCCGAGUCGCCUGCCCCUUGCCCUCCGCAGCUACACAUCGGGGUCGAGGCGGCAUUUUUCCGAAUUCUUUAGUGGGAGGCUUCAUAGACACUCCAUAUCCCCUCCUCAUGGUACUCAGGUCACACUUCGCCUUCUAGCUGCGCCUCUGAACCCGGCCGACGUGAACCAGAUCCAGGGCGUGUACCCAAGCAAACCGCUUUUCCAAACAGCGCUCGGCACUUCGGAACCGUCUGCCGUUGCGGGAAAUGAAGGCGCAUUUGAGGUCAUUGCAAUUGGGUCUCGUGUCAAGAACCUUAAUAAGGGGGAUUGGGUGGUAAUGAAACAAACAGGCCAGGGCACCUGGCGCACGCACGCUCAAAUGGACGAGUCGCAAUUGAUUAAGAUUGAGAACAAAGACGGGUUGUCUUCGCUCCAGAUCAGUACAGUCAGUGUGAAUCCGGUCACAGCAUACCGAAUGAUCAAGGACUUUUGCAAUUGGGACUGGAUGCGUACUGGGGAAGAGUGGCUUAUCCAGAAUGGCGCAAACAGUGGUGUUGGGCGCGCUGUUAUCCAGCUAGCGCGCGAAUGGGGUAUCAAAACCCUCAAUAUUAUCAGAGAGAGGGAGAGCCCAGAAAUGACUGCAGUGCUCAAGAAGGAGCUGUAUGAACUGGGUGCGACUGCUGUGGUGACAGAAACUGAAUUGCUUUCUGCUCAAUUUAAGCAUCUCGUGAAUGAACUUACUCGUCAGGGAAAGGAGACAAUUAGGCUUGGUCUCAACUGUGUUGGUGGUAAGAGCGCGACCGCAUUAGCCAAAGUUCUUGCUCCAGGUUCGCACCUGGUCACUUAUGGCGCAAUGUCAAAGCAACCGGUCUCUUUGCCCUCCGGGCUUCUAAUUUUCAAAAACCUCGUGUUUGAUGGCUUCUGGGUUAGCAAAUGGGGCGACAAGCACCCGCAGCUUAAAGAAAACACCAUCAAUGAUGUGCUACAACUGACUCGAGCAGGCAAGUUCAAAGAUAUUCCUGUGGAUGAGAUCAAAUGGAGCUGGGACACAGAAGGGCCUGUACUUGUGGCAGGCGUGCAAGAGACCCUUAGCGGCUACCGCAGCGGAAAGGGUCUAUUCAAGUUCGAAGGCGGAGACUAG